AAGGCUUUAUCUGUCCUAAUCAUGUACGUGGGAUACAUUUUGGAUAAAGAAGUGAACAUGUACCACCAAGGGCCAGUAAGGAGAUCCAGCAUCAACCUGCCAGCACAGAACUACGUCUCAACGCCACAGUACUCCGAUUACACGGGAUACCAUCAUGUACCCAGUAUGGAUAGUCAUGCACAGUCAUCGGGUGCGUGGGGCACCCCGUAUGGAACCCCCAGGGAAGACUGGGGCGCUUACGGAUUAGGACCUUCCAACUCUAUACCUACUCAAAUGAACAACUCAUCGUCAGGGCAGGUUUCUUAUUGCUCUUCAGAUUAUAACGCUAUGCAUCCCGGCGGAUCUGGGAUUUUACCUCCUCCCCCGGAAAAUAUUACAGUUGGUCAGCUGUCUCCCGACAGCGAACGACGCAAUUCUUAUGAAUGGAUGAGGAAAACUGUGCAGUCAUCUUCAACUGGUAAAACGAGAACAAAAGAAAAAUACAGAGUUGUCUAUACAGACCAUCAAAGGCUUGAACUGGAAAAAGAAUUUCAUUAUAAUCGAUACAUUACAAUAAGAAGAAAAUCCGAACUAGCAGAAAAUCUAGGACUUUCGGAAAGACAGGUUAAGAUAUGGUUUCAAAACCGUAGAGCAAAGGAAAGGAAAAUGAUAAAGAAGAAGCUGGGUCAGUCGGAUGGAAGCGGUGGCUCAGUGCACAGUGACCCGGGUUCAGUAAGCCCUCUGCCGAUUCCAGGCUCACUGAGCCCAGCUGACCUACACGGAUCCAUGUACCCUCCGCCUGGAAUGAACACUUUACAGCCUAUUGGGAACUUACAGCAAGUUACUGUCACACAAUAAUUCAAUGACAUUUAAAAGUAAACCUUGGA